CCAGUCACGGCAGAGCUGUUUAUAACCACGAGCUGUUAACCUGCAGCAGCUGCUCAUGGAGAAGCUCAAUUCAGACUCAGGCUGUGACUCUGUGACUGAUACAGAAACAGAAGACGAGAAGAACCCAGUUUACUCCCACAGGCUUGCCAUGAGUGAAGAACAUGGUUCAUCCAAGAGGACUGGGGGCCAUCUGGUUGUGCAGCCUGAUCGCAUACGUUGUGGGGUGCAGACAACAGUUUAUAUUAUCAUGAAACGUAAACUAGACGGCGAAGUGAAAACUGAAGUUGAAUUCUCUCCAGAGAAUGGAUCAUCUGUGCGUGUGCUGGCCGAGAUGGAAAAUGAGUACACUAUCUCUGUGGAGGCUCCAAAUUUAACCUCUGGGACAGUGCCUCUGCACAUAUAUUCAGGGGACUUGAUAGUGGGAGAAGCAAGCAUCACCUAUCAUACCGACAUGGAGGAGAUCAGCAGUCUGUUGGCUAAUGCAGCCAGCCCAGUACAGUUCAUGUGCCAGGCCUUUAAAAUUGUACCAUACAGCAUAGAAGCACUAGACAAACUGUUGACUGAGUCACUCAAAAAGAACAUUCCUGCCAGUGGCUUACACCUGUUUGGAAUCAACCAGCUGGAAGAAGAAGAUAUGACAACAAAUCAGAGGGAUGAGGAGCUGCCAACGCUGCUUCACUUUUCUGCAAGAUACGGUCUGAAGAACCUCACUGCCUUGCUGCUCACCUGCCCUGGAGCACUCCAGGCCUACAGUGUAGCCAACAAGUAUGGCCACUAUCCAAACACCAUAGCAGAGAAGCAUGGCUUUAAGGACCUCCGCCAGUUCAUCGAUGAAUAUGUGGAAACUGCAGAUAUGCUGAAGAGCCAUAUUAAGGAAGAGCUGAUGCAAGGCGAGGAGGAUGAGUCUGUUUAUGAGUCCAUGGCUCACCUGUCUACUGAUAUAUUAAUGAAAUGUUCCUUGAAUCCUGGCUCCGAUGAAGAGCUUUAUGAAUCCAUGGCUGGAUUUGUCCCUGGUGCCUCAGAAGAUCUUU